UGAUUUCUCUCUCACCACCGUUCUCUCUCUCUCUCUGCCUCUUCGGCUCUUCCGUUUCACUCUCUCUCGGUCUCGCUCUGCAACCGCCGGUCACCGCCGCCCCCGCCUCCUCCGGUCGCCCGUGGCCACGGCCUCACCGCCUCGAACAUUUCCGUCAAGGGCUUGCGAUUUGCAAGCGCCAAGCAGGCAGCACAGCAGCAGUGCGCCGUCUCGUCUCCUUCGAUUGACAGCUGCAGUGCGACUGCGCAGCGCCGCCCUCACCUAUUCUUUCCCGUGCCCCGCCUCCUUUGGCCUCGGUGCCUCCGUCCGGCUACUCCGCAGCAGCAGCCGUUUCCAACAAAUGUAAGAUGAUGAGAUCCCAGUCCAGUCCCAAAUUCCCCUUUGUGACGAGCUGGAGUUACAGGCUGCAUCGCCACCGCCCAACAACUACAUAUUGUACCUCUGAGCCCGAGAAACGAACCCUCAUACUGGUAAACUUCGUCCCCUCUGGCAAGUCCAGAAUCCCACCGCCGCAAAAUUUCGGUGAGAAGGAGGGGCGGCUCUUUUCAUUUGGGCUGACAAGGAAAUAUGGAGUUGAUGUUGAUCCACCACUACCGGUAAAUUAAACAAGAACAUAUAAAAAGGAAAAGCUUUGAAAAAUAUUAGUCCAACAGAAGCUCAGUCGCUGAAAAAUGGCGACAUCAUCCAAAUUCAAGCCGUUGUCGAUUGCGAUCCUUCUACUGUUCCUCUGCAAUGCGAUCGCCUCAAGUGCGUCCGGUUCUUCCUCUACCACUAUGCACACCAACAAUUGGGCUAUUCUUGUCUGUACCUCCCGCUUCUGGUUUAAUUAUCGGCAUAUGGCCAAUACUUUAUCCUUGUACAGAACGGUGAAACGAUUAGGAAUUCCAGAUGAGAGGAUAAUUCUCAUGCUGGCUGAUGAUAUGGCUUGCAAUGCUCGGAACAAGUAUCCUGCCCAGGUCUUCAACAAUGAAAACCACCGUCUCAACUUGUAUGGGGACAAUGUGGAGGUAGACUACCGAGGUUAUGAAGUGACUGUCGAAAACUUUUUGCGAAUAUUGACUGGGCGUCAUGAAACAGCAGUUCCUAGGUCAAAACGACUACUAAGUGAUGAAGGCAGUCAUAUACUUCUUUACAUGACUGGGCAUGGCGGGGAUGAGUUUCUGAAAUUUCAAGACUCAGAGGAGCUUCAGAGCCAUGAUUUAGCUGAUGCAGUGAAACAAAUGAAGGAAAAGCGCAGAUUUAAAGAGCUGCUAAUAAUGGUAGAUACUUGCCAGGCUGCCACUCUAUUUUCCCAGCUACAAUCACCUGGUGUUUUGGCUAUUGGAAGUAGCAAGAAAGGAGAAAAUUCAUACUCACACCACUUGGACUCUGAUGUUGGUGUAUCUGUUGUUGAUCGAUUUACAUUUUAUACUCUUGCGUUCUUUGAGAGGUUAAAUAUGUAUGACAAUGCCUCAUUGAGCAGUCUUUUCAAUUCGUACAAUCCAAAUACAUUGAUGUCAACUGCAUAUUAUCGAACUGAUUUAUACCAACGGCGGUUAGAGGAGGUACCGGUUACCAACUUCUUUGGUUCUGUCAUGGAAACCAUCCAUACGGAUUCCCCUUAUCGUGCCUUCUCAGGCCGAUACUACAGAAAGUCUACAACUGAGAUGCCUUCAGAUCAAUCAGGUUGGGGGAACCGAAGGACAUUAGAAGAUUCAGAUGUUCCAGAAGAAUUGACUGACCCUAAACUAAAUGCUAAACAAGUCGGUUGCCCAUUUACACACACUUGGAAUACAAUUCUGGGCCGGAUGGAAAAGAUAAAGCAAAUAGAUAGUUUAGUUAAUUAUGGUUUAGCGUUGAUGUUCCCAAUUGUGGCCCUCUCAUCUUGGCUUUCCUACUGAAGGAGAAGCAUAGAGGCUCGAGAUGGACGAUUGUUCACUCAAAACUAGAAACACGACCUGAUCACAGAGGUGCUGCGGCAAAUGAGUUUGGAAAGCUGAAUUCAGUUCUUGACAAGUGACACUGAGUUUGGAGCUGUCAAGCUAACUAAAGGCAUCUUGGUUUUGAUCAUGGAUAUGACUUAUGAGUCAGAGCUGCUCAAAGAAAGUUAUGUGAAGUUUGUCCUUGUAUACUAAACAACUUCUUAGAUGCAUUUAUACUGAUGAAGAGCAGUUGUGGAUUUGAAUUUGAUGGUUUUAUCCAAAGCUGGUGUGUGGUGCUGAUGAUUAUAUACACCUUGAGCACUUGGAAACUGUUGUGCAUUGUGCUUAAAUCUCGGUGCUCCGUAAUUCCAUGUAUGUAAGAAUUGAAGAAUGAUAGAAGAUCUUUAUUUUGUGGUGGAUUUCGAAUUUGUGAA